CGGCGGAACAUUUGAUUGUCGCGGCAUCCCCCAUAUAUUUAGCGAGCUUUCGGCUUCGCUAAACAGUAACUUGCGACUCGAUGCACGAUGAUAACACGCACAAACGGUGUAGUUACAUCGUGCGUUUAGGUGUUCAUCGCACUCGAGGAACAUCGAACUUUUAGUUCGAAAGUUAUGUCACGUAACAACAUCCAAUUGACGUACCGUCUUCACAAGCACCGAAGAAUCAAGAAUCACUCGAUCAAAUAGCAGUAAAUAACGCGAGAGAAAAAUUUCUAUACACUUUAAGCAAUUUGUUAUUUAUUGCGAUAUCACGCAUUUUAGUAAAUAUUUUGUAUUUACUGUUUGAACGUGGCUGAAUCGAAUUACAAAUUAUUUCUGUAACUUUCUUUCUAAAAAAUGAGUCUUCUGCGCCAACUGUUAUUUGGCAAAUACUUGCUUAUCACUAAUACCGUGAGUUGCGGCUUGAUGAUGGCAGCGGGCGAUGCAAUUCAGCAGCGUAAUGAGCAUUGGAGGAAACAUUGUUCUCGAAAAUAUUUCUUGGGUAGCGUUAUAGCAGCGUCGUCAGAGGAAGACGAGGAAAUGACAGCAAUUCCUAGCAAUCCCGUGUACGGGCAUGAUUACAUGAGGACCAGGAACAUGACAGUCGUAGGACUGCUACAAGGUCCGUUUCACCAUUGGUUCUACAUGUUCUUGGAUAGGGUGUUUCCAGGUAAAAGCGCGAAGGCGAUCGUCAAGAAAACGCUUCUCGACCAGACGAUCGCGAGUCCCACGUGUCUGGCGAUAUUUUUCGUCGGUCUCGGAGUUAUGGAGCAUCAUAGGAUCGAGGAGAUUUGGAAGGAGUUAAAAAUGAAAUUCUGUACCACAUGGAAAGUUGAUUGUUGCUUCUGGCCUCCUACACAGUGCAUUAAUUUCUUGUUUGUGCCGUUGCACUAUCGAGUACUUUACACGAAUGCUAUGACCAUGAUCUACGAUAUUUUUCUGUCACAUAUGAAAUAUGAUGCUCACUUUGAGUGAUGUGGCAAGAAAUCUCACGACUAAUCAAGAUAAAAUAACGAAAUAAAUAAGCCAUAAUCGCGCUGAGCACACGCAUUGUAUGUAUAUUAUUUACGAAUUACGCGCGGGAACGCGCAAUAAAACGCUAUCAAAGGAAA